GCGCGCACGUUGCUGUCACAGUAGGAAAUGCAGGCUGUAUUGGUGUUCGAGCGACACAUCUAUAUUUAUUGAUUGAGGAAUUUAAUUGAAAAUAAGGAUCCACUAUUUAGAAAUUAAAAAGUAGAACACAAUUGAUAGUCUGUUUUAGGUAAAACUGCUUCCUGUUACUAUGUCUAAGAAGAGUAGUUGGCUAGCUAACUAAGACAGAAGCCAAUUUGCUAGGCUAACAACACCAUAGCUAAAUUAUUAGCCAGAAACCUAGCAAACGUUAGCUAGCAAGCUAGGCUAAUUUGGGGGACACUGUGCCUCCUAAACUGCUCGGACGCUUUCGUUAUCCUUCUUUUCGCAUAUACGGUUUCUCCUACUUCCGAUUUAUUUUACGGAGGAGUUGAAGGAAACGGAGCUGUGGGGGGGGGGCAGCGAACAAUAACCCCAUGGGCGUCCAGCCGGACCGAUCACGACGUAGACACGCGGGCCGUGGGUGAGAUCAAACAGAAACCAUGGCCGAAAUCUCCGCCCUAAACCCCUCCCCUUCAGCUUUAGGAGAUCCUCAUGCCUCUGCAUCCACCCCCCUGCCCUCCACUGCUCUCCCCGCUCCCAGCAGCCCUACCCCAGAGUCCACAAAGGUUGCCCCCACCCCCAAAUCAUCUCUCUACAAUGACAACGCCCUAAUGGGUGCCCCCUCUGCAUCUCCUCCUAUGAGACAUGCUCCAGAAACACAUGCGCAAGAGACACCCCAAAAUCCACCCAAACCAUUUCUACCAGAAGUAGCUUUAGAGAGUCCUGCCUUUCCACUCAUAGAUGAAGAUGUGUCACAGAGGGAUGGAUUGAGAGGGAUGGGACUAGAGAGAGAGGGGACCCAAGGGUUUGCUGCCCCACGGGAGGGCAGUGACCCAGUGGGUUGGGAAAUGAUAAAUGCCCCUACAGAGCACUCUGUACCCGUCCCAAGUAAGCCAGUGGCCCAAGUGGCAGUAGAGCAGACGUUCCCUCCUCCUGAUCUUAAUCCUAGUCCUAAUCUCUACCCGAGUGUUCGCGUCACCCAGACCCUUAAUCCAGCUACUGGGGAUGCUCAGUCUGUGUUGAGCCCACCUCCAGCCCCCACAGCCCCCACUCCUACCCCUCCUCCCCCUGAUCCCACCCAAACAAUCGCAGCCCCAGAUUUAGCCCCAACUUCAGCCACAAGUCCAGCCCCAACUUCAGCCACAAGUCCAGCCCCAACUUCAGCCACAAGUUUAGCCCCAACUUCAGCCACAAGUCCAGCCCCAACUUCAGCCACAGUUCCAGUCUCAGGUCCAGUCGCUGAAGAGGAAAAAACCCUGCCGCCACAAGAAGGCGAUAACCCUCAAUCCCCCAUCCAGUCUCAGUUAGCCAACACACCCACUCCAUUCAAAAGCUUGGAGCCACCCAACAGCCCUUCCAAAGGGGUUCCUCCCAGCCCCCCUGUCCUGGUGAUCCAGGAGCCAGCUCCCCCCUUCUCCCUGCCCAACUCUCAGCCCCGUCCAGCCCUUGACACCCUCAGCUACCUAGAGUCAGCCAGCAUGAUGUCUGGCACCCUGGAGUCCCUCUCUGGGCUGGGGGAGGAUGGCAGCUCCGUGGGCUCCGACUCGGAGGUCAACGGCCAGGCCGUCAGACGCACGGACAAGUAUGGCUUCCUCGGUGGGAACCAGUACAGCGAGGACAGUGAAAAGGAUCUUAGAAUUGAUGUGGCUCGCCAGCGAGAGAUGAAGUGGCUGGAUAUGUUUAACAACUGGGACAAGUGGGUCUCCCGGCGCUUCCAGAAGGUGAAGCUACGCUGUAGGAAGGGGAUCCCCUCCUCUCUCAGGGCCAAAGCCUGGCAACUCCUGUCCAACAGCAAACAGCUUCUGGAUGAAAACCCGGGCAAAUUCGAGGAGUUGGAGAGGGAGCCAGGAGAUCCUAAAUGGUUGGACAUCAUAGAGAAGGAUCUGCACAGACAGUUCCCCUUUCACGAGAUGUUUGCGGCUCGCGGUGGUCAUGGACAGCAGGACCUGUACCGCAUACUGAAGGCCUACACCGUUUACCGUCCUGAUGAGGGCUACUGCCAGGCACAGGCUCCGGUAGCUGCUGUGCUGCUCAUGCACAUGCCUGCUGAGCAAGCCUUCUGGUGUCUGGUGCAGAUAUGUGAGAAGUAUCUUCCUGGUUACUACAGUGCCGGCCUGGAAGCGAUUCAGUUGGACGGAGAGAUCUUCUUCUCUUUGCUGAGGCGUGUGUGCCCCAUGGCCUACCGUCACCUCAAGAAGUUCAAGAUCGACCCCAUCCUGUACAUGACCGAGUGGUUCAUGUGUGUGUUCUCGCGCACCCUGCCGUGGUCUUGCGUGCUACGCGUGUGGGACAUGUUCUUCUGCGAAGGGGUGAAGAUCGUGUUCCGGGUGGGCCUGGUGCUGCUGAAACAGAUGCUGGGAUCUGUGGACAAGCUGCGGGAGCUGCAGGGCAUGUACGAGACCAUGGAGCGUCUGAGGAACAUCCCCCCCGAGUCUAUCAGAGAGGAUCUUCUGGUGCAUGAGGUCGUCUCCAUGGAAGUGACCGAGGCCCUGAUAGAGAGGGAGUGCAGUGUCCAGGUCAGGAAGUGGAGAGAGUCCCGGGGGGAGCUGACCCACCAGCCUAGCCGCCGUCUUCACGGGACCAGGGCCAUCCAUGAGCACAAGCGUCGGGCUGCCUCCAUCAGCUCAGGAGGCAGCUUCUCCUUCCUCGGGGCCCCCCCUCCCGGUCCCCUCAGGGCCUCCUCCAGCCUGCUCUCUCUACCCGGCUUCCGCAAGUCCAAGUUCCCUUUCCCAUCCAAGGCCAAAAAGGGCUCCUUCUCCGGGGGCUCAGGAAUGGAGACCUUACCUCCACAACACCCCUCUGUAGCAGCCUCCAGCCCUAGCCGGGCUCCCAUCCACACACCACCACCACCACCCAUGUCUGUGGCUGGAACCAAGGCACGGGCGCCUCAAAGCCCUCUGGCGGUGUCCUCUCCCGGCGGCUCCUCAUCCACUACCGCCCAGGCCUCGCCAGGAUCCUCAGCACAGGCUCACCCUGGGGCCCCUGCUCUGACCCAGCAGCCCCAGCCUCCCCGCCUCUCCCCCUCCUCCAAGGUGGUCUCUGAGCAGGUCACCCCCACCCUCCCCUCGCCCACCGCCAAUAACGCGGUGCUGCCGCCCCGCCCGGACGGAGGAAGAGGAGCAGCAGCACCAGGAGAGGAAGAAGACGGGAAGAAGAAGAAAAGGAGCAAGGAUGACAAGAAGAAGGAGAAGGAGGAGGAGAAGCAGAAACUAAAGGAGAGGAAGGAGAAGGAGAAAUCUGAGAAGGAGAGACAGAGGAAGGAGAAAGAGAGGGCGGAGAAGGAGAAGAAGAAGGAGAAAGGGGGGAAGAAAAAGGACAAGGUGGGUGGAGGAGGAGGAGGAGAGGCGGAGGAAAAUAAUGGAGGCGCUGCACCAAGAGAUUCGACCUAGUUUCUUCCCCGUCGUUCCAGUUGAGUGAAAAAGGGGAGAGAACAAAAGACCCCCAGAAGUGGAAAGAAGGUGAGGGGGGGGGGGAUCGACGGGAUGGUACUACACCCUGAAGAAUACUCAAAGGAUUAUUAUGGAACAAACUGGAUCGUGGUUUUAUUAGCACUCAGGGGCUUAAGCCUCGUCACUCCCACACUUUCUUAAUCAACGAGUCGGAAUUUGUUCGAGGGGGGACAUAUUUUGUUUGUGUAACUGGAAAAACAGGCUGUAUGGCUAACAGGAUCCACACGGUCAUCAUCUCAAUUUCUUUUAAAGUUUGAAUUUAAAUCUUGUUUUUAUUUGGACUAAUGGCUGUGGAGCGAUGAUAAGCAGGUUAGAAGGUGUUGGACAGAGUCGAUGGUGCCAUAGGUUGUGUAAAUAGACCACCUUAUCCACGGUGGAUCCUUGGUUCCCCACUUACAGUUCAAUCUCUCACCUGUUGUCAAGGCCUGGAAGAAAAGGAAGAGAAAAAAAACUGUUUAAAUGUCUCAAUUACAGGCACUGAAGACAGUGAUGGUAGUAAUAUUGUAAUUGUAUGUUUGGGAGGAAAUAUUUAUUGUAGUGUUAAGUGUUUGUGUGUGAGUGUGCCUUAGUAGUGAAGUGAAAUGUGUUACUGUUCUGUGUUGUAGCCCUCUCUCUGCUCUCUGCUCUCGCUCUGUCUCGUCUGAUCGUCCUCUGGUCCACCAUCGUGUUCACUCCCUCUCAUUUCAGAAUAGGAGGAUGAUAGUGGGUCAGGUUAACAGAGAGCCACACUGGGAUAAAUAGGGGAAGGCGGCAAUAGAGGUGUUAACAACCAGAACCUGGAAACUUGCAUGGAUAGUUCCUGACUAUUGGUUAAAUGUACUGUACUGUACAUAUGUAUAGUGUCCCUGACAACAAACACACUGGGAUAAUUUCAAUGGUUUAUCUUGUUGUAGCAGCCUUCUGUUAGAUAUUCUUGCAGUGAUAGAUGAUUAGAUUUGGCUUCUCGUCAGUGAACAAUGGCCCACCAGUUACCAUGACUGGUCUUAAAGUGUACUAUCAGUAACUACCCUGGAUUUGCCCUUUAGACCAAAUGUCAAAACAGUAUUUUCUUUUUUCUUUUCUUGCUUUUAGGGAAAGGAAAUGUAUAUAAAUUAUAUAUUUUUUAAUUAGCCAAAUAAGGGUGAUGAUUUUAUUAGCCCAUUAGAAUGUGAUUUUUGAUAGCUUUUUUUUUUCCAUUUCUUUGUGAACGAAGGAUUACCAAUGUAUUAUUAUUUGUUUUUGUUUGUUGCACAACCCCAUCAUAUAGCACCACUAAAGUUGACCACUCCUAUUCUGGCAUGUUAUUGCAGAUCUUGAGUCACUUCUGGUUAGCUCGUUUCACCUCCUGAAUCUGGGCCUUUAGUACCCCUCUCUAGGGGUGUGCCAAUGUACUGUAACCGACCCUUCAGGCUCCAAUGUAUUUAUGUAUAAAGUUGGUUAAUUUAAUCAGAUUACUAUAUAUUAUGUAUUCUUUAUUUUGGAUUUGACUGCUAUUUUUGUAUGUGAGCAAAGGACACCUUAUUGACUGGAAUGGCUGCCUGUCAUAGGUAUUAUUAACGUCUAAGGUAAGAUGAUCGUAACAAAAACGACUGCUCUUGUUUAUUUCGAGAUCGGGACUGUUUUGUUUUCGGUAUCAGACACUUACACAACAAACCAUGUGUUAAUUUCAUAAAUCACAUUUUGGGUCAUAGAUCUUUGUCAUUUUAGGUUCACCAGUCAUUUGUUGAACUCCAGUGUUAAACCCGUCUGUCUAGGGGAAGAAUGGAGAAUUGGCCACAAAUGAAAACGUUUGGAUUAGCAUUGUAAGUGUAUGCAUUUAUGGAUUCAAAGGUCGUAGAUGUACUGUUGAAGGUAUCAGACUGUGUAGUGACUACAUAUAGCCACUAGGUGGUGCCCUCAGCUCUGGAAGGGUGUGUAACAGAAUAACUGCACAUGUAGGUCCUUCUCUACAGUAUAAUUUAACCAUUGUAAUGACUUAUGGACUAACUCCCUAGCUCAUUCACACUCAGUGUGUUCUCUAACCUAUUUGUGCAUACUCCAGGUGGUACUGUCUGCAGUCUGUUUGAUGGACUGUGCUAGAUGGUUACUGUAAAGCCACUAGGCGAAGUUGAUAGACUUGAAGAGUGGUCUUCUGUACUGUUUUUGUGAUGGAAGUGUGAGGGACUUUUACGUAAUCAUAGGCGAAAUGUCCUCCCUAUGGACUGCUAAGGUUGUCACUUACUACAUGUUGUUUAACAACCCCAGACUCACCUUGCUAUUUCACCCGCCUCUUUCACUUACCGUUUUUGCAUCCAGUCCUUCCGGAAUCGCCAUUGGGGUGUGAUCGCUCAGUGAAGGCGACGUGAACAUGUCUAUGCAACCUUACUCAAAGCACAGGACUUUGCAAAGCAGCACUGAUUUCACCUUUAGGGAUGCAGCAUCUGCUGUCUGCGCUGGCAUCAGCGGAGAUCGUGAUGGUUCCGUAGAUCCGAGCACUCUUGAAAAUUCAGGAGCCGGUUAGGACAUGGCAAUAUUUCACCAUGCAGGGCCUCAGUGUUCUAGAGAUAUGUCAUAGGUUCUUGAUUUCUUCACAAGUCUUCACGGGAAAUUGAAAGUUAUCUUGUUGAAGGGAGGCGGAAUCAGCAGUGACAUUUAGGUUCUAAAAUCUGCUUGAUUGCUGUCUAUCGGGAAGGUCCCAAUGAUUCAUUUCUCUUUAAGUAUUUUAUUUCUUUAAUGUAUUUUCGUUUGUUCCCACCUCUCCCCCUCUAUAUGUAUGUCUUCAGUGUUUUUACGUUUACAAGAAACUGUUUUGGUGGAGAAAAAAAAAGAAUAAAAUCAUAGAUAAUUGAGUUCAUUCCCUAACUGCAGAAUAAGAUCUACAUUAUGUAUUUAAUAAAUAAUGAUGACAGUUGUGAUGACGAGUAAUAAACCAUAAUAUAUUAAAG